AUGGGUAUUCCAUCCUCAUUGCCCACAAACCCUAACCCCAGCCCCAGUCCGCCGCUCCCUCAGUCACCGCCACCACAAAUGCCGCCAUUACCUCAAUCGCCACCACCUCAAUCACCACCACUACCCCCAAGCCAAAUACCACCUCUCAUUCCGCCGACUCCCCUCUCGCCGCAAACCGAACCGCAAAAUGAAACACCAAUUCUCGACACCCAUUCCCCAGAACCAGUGCCUGAGCCUGCGCCUACUCAAACGAAAACCAAAGGCAAAACAAAAAGGGCUGCCGGUAGACCCAAGGAAACCCCUGUCGGAAAACGGAAACGAGGUUCGGGGUAUAAAAAUAUUGAGUGGCAGCAAACUGUUUAUGACCGUGUUCAAUUCUGGAAGGAUAUUGCACCUUUUGGGGAGAGUGGCUUUGCCCAUGUGGAGAGAGGCUUUGCCCAUGUGGAGAGAAGCUUUGCCAAUUGCUGUGAAUUUGGCUUUGCCAAUUGCUGUGGAUUUGGCGCUGCCAUUGAUGAGGAGCUCUUGCCCAUUGUAGUGGAAAGAAGCUUUGGCCUAAGGUAA